UAGUCUUUCACGUGAAGAGAAGUUCUUUUGAAAACGUCUUGAGCUGUAGCUGUUCAGAAUGUACACAGUCAUUUAAAAAGGUUUUACAUUUAUCAUACAUCUCUGACUGAAACAUCUGCCGGAUUAUCUUUAUCCUGGGUCAGUUCAUUGCUGUGCCCUUAGGCCAGCAUUACCAAUGAACAUGUCCCUUGCCCAGAGAGUUUUCCUCACAUGGAUCUUCACGCUUAUCUUCCUCAUAAUGCUGGUCCUAAAGCUGGACGAGAAAAUCCACUGGAACUGGUUUCUUAUCUUCCUUCCUGUCUGGACCUUUGAUCUCAUUCUCCUGCUCAUGCUCAUUGUCAAAAUGGCAGGCCGGUGCAAGCCGGGGUUUGACCCUCGCAAUGGAGCGGAGAACUUGAAGAAGCGGGUGUGGUACCUUGUGGCCAUGCUGCUUAAACUAACAUUCUGUCUGAUGCUCUGUGCAAAGUUGCAACAUCUAAUGGACAUCUUAUUGAGCUUGGUUUGCAUCCCUCUAUGGGCGCUGCUUAUCGGGGCCAUGGUGGAGCUGGGGUACAAUGUUUUUCACUUCAGAAGAGACUGAAAAAUAUGAACGGUACUAUUUGAAUUUCAAAAGAGAGAUGGAAGUUAUGAUGCACAUUAGUUUUUAUUGUACGGAUUGGUAAGGAGAAAUCAUCUAGAAAGUGCAUGGUGUUCAUUAAGAAUGGAAUAUGGACAAAUAAGAAUGUACAGCUUUUAAAGCUCUUUUUCAGGAAUUGCUUGAUGUUUUCAGGUUGACAAUGCUGAUUAGCCUAUACCUUACAUGUUCAUGAUGGUGGUGAGUUUUCACUCAGGUGACAGAAAUGACUGAUUGUGAAUAUUGCUUAGAAUAUUUUAUUACAUUUUAGUAAAACACUAAGAUCAUGAGCAGCAUACCUCUAACAUGAUGGACAUAUGCUGCUUACACACUGUUAUUUUCAACUAGUACUGUAACUUAACAUGGUGUCCUAAUAAAAAGUAUGUUUAAUAGUG